AUGGCUUCCCCGCCGGCCUCCACGACCACCGGACCGACCCCCUCGGGCUCCAGGAUAGGGCGGCCACCCCAAUGGACGGUGUCUCGGUCCCGAAAGCUAGCCCGGCUCUAUCUCUACUCCACGCUGUCUAUUGAAAAAAUCAUUAAGGUGCUUGAAGACGAUGGCUUCAACCCGAGGAAGAACUCGGCCCAGAAAACCAUCCAUAAGAUGCUUGACAAUGAUCCCCGGUACCUACGUCCCGAAUCGCGCGCCGAGAUGGGAAAACGGAUCAACAGCCUUACCACGUCCCCCACGCGCCGGAAAAAGAAGGGAGUCCAGGACCAGCGCCUGGCAGCAAGACGCGGUUUCAGAGAGGAAGAAGCUAUGCUUCCCGGCUCGGAGGUAACUUCCCCUUCCGGACUCAGCGUCAAGGCUGAAGACCCUCCCGCGUUUGACUACUCGACCUCUCCCGAUGCCUCCGGUCUUGGCAAUUUCAAAUUCCCAUCCAAGGCCCAGGACACAACGGGGGCAGACAAGGAAGCCUACUUAGUUGGGGUGCAAAACAUAAAGCGAAGAGUUUCCGAAUGCUCGUCCCAUUUCGCCCUGCAGCUAUCAUCCCUGAUCAAAGACUUUACAAUUUCGAUCUGCUCUGAUGGCCAAUCUUCUGGACGCCGCGCCUCGGCAGCGUUCAGCGAAGGGUCAGACCCUGGGGAGCCUCCGGAGUUGGAAACUGUCCCGGAACCCUACGAGUCUUUUCCCGACCCAGGGUUUGCUCUUCCCGGGGAUUUUCUCUCCGCCCACACCAGGAGCUGUGCCGACUUCCCGGGUCAGCGGCAUGGGGCGGGUGAUUGCUGGUGUUCCAUCGCCGAGGAAACCGCUGCGGACGAGUAUUCAUGGGUGCUUCCAGGGGGUGAGCUCAGCGAGAGAACGCGGCGUGUUCUCCACCAGCCUUUGUUAGGAGACUCCAGUCUGCGAGACAGCUGCGGGAACACGCCGUUACACUUGUUUGCGGCAUUAGAAGGCACCCAGGAUAUACUCGGCAGGAUGGUGACUAAUUGCGAAGGGGGGCGUUUGGCAGCGGUCAACAGCGCCCGCCAGACAUUCCUCCACGUCUUAAACCUCGAUUGGAUGUUUGCCCAGGGCUGGUUUACGAAACCGACGUUUACGGCCGAACGUUUUUUCACCGCGCUCAUUCCCUCAUACGGGACCCAUCGCUCCUCGCCAGCCUUAUCUCUCUGUUUGAUCCCGUGCUCGCCUCACGCCGCGGAUGCAUUUGGGUUCAACCCCGUCCCCGACACCGACCCAGCUAACCAAAGCCCAUACAUUCCACCCCGGCGGACCGGCAGCCUGUCUCCGCAGGUCGAGGACCUCGCGCGUGCUAGCCCAAACAGCCAGCCCAACUCCUCUGCCUCCGAAGGCUCCUUCUUAGCCUACCACGCCCGCCUCGUCCAGGUCAUCCAGUCCUCCUACAACAACCCCACUGUCGAGGACGCCGACGGCCGCAACGGCUUGCACUGCCUGGCACAAGCCAUCCUAAACCAACAAGCCAUGGACCGCCACGUGCGCUCUUCCUCCUCCUCCUCCGCCGGCGGCCGCCCACACCUCAAGCGAAAACUCGACGCAUCAAAAGACACACCUACCCCCUCACACACCUCCCCCACCCCCGUCGGAACCCCCACCGCAGGCAACGCCACAACAACAACAACCAGCUCCACAGAAGGCACGCUACCCACCCGCCUGCGGCACCUGCACUCGCUCCUGCACCGCUCGGUCGCCGUCUCGGUCGCCCAUUACGACCGCCGCGGUUACACGCCGCUCAUGGCCUUUGUCGAGCACGUCGCCGACGACCAGGACGACAAGGCCCGCACCCUGCAGGCCAUCCUCGAGACGCUGGUGCGCGCGGGCGCCAGCAUCGAGGCACGUAACCGCCGCGGCGAGACACCACUGCUCAUGGCGGCAAGGCUCGGGCGCAAGGUCGCGCUGGCCACGCUGUUGGAGUGUGGGGCGAAUGUCCAUGCGAGGGAUGUGGAUGGGCGGGGCGUGCUGGAGGUGUUGGAUGCCGAGGUGGGUGGGGAGAGGGCCAGGAAGGAGGUCGGGCUGUAUGCGCGGUUGGAGGCGUGUCGCGUGCUGUUGACGGGGAGGAGGGAGUGGGGGGUGGGGCGCUGUUACGAUUCAGGCUCACCUGAAUUCGUCCAGGGUAUCCUCGCCGUCGGAUGCCAUCACUGA